CUCUUCCCAUCGGUUGGGAUUUCUCUCUCGGCAUGGCGGAGAUGAUGGGGCUUGGUCUGCCGUCUAAUACCAUUUGUCUUUCACUGUGAGGAGGACACGGGUAUUUUUGUUGUCGGUAAACCGUUCUGCGCCGUUCUUUCCCCCGGUUUCGGGCCAUAAUGGCGGAGCGUGGUGUGGAUGUGUCCGCUCUCCCCCAAGAGGUCCGGGAGCAGCUCGCUGAGCUGGAUCUGGAGCUGUCGGAGGGCGACAUCACACAAAAAGGAUACGAGAAGAAGAGGGCCAAAGUUUUAGCACCCUACUUGACACAAACACAAAAUUUGGCUCCGCCUCCAGCCUAUGAUGCACAGUCUCCUGGUCCAAGCUCCGCCUCUGCACCUGAACCUGGCCCUUCGAACUCGUCCUCCUCCUCUUCUCGCCACCGGCGCACACGGCGUCCACACCGGAGCAGUGGGACUAGAGAUGAACGCUACAGAUCAGAUAUCCACACUGAGGCAGUUCAGGCAGCUCUGGCCAAGCAUAAAGAGGAAAAGAUGGCACUGCCCAUGCCAACCAAACGUCGGUCUGCAUAUGUACAGUCACCAAUUGACAACUGCACCCCACCAGACUCCUCCUCUUCCUCUGAUGAUGAGGCCGUGUCAAGUGAAAGUGCAGGGCCUCAGCAGUCUCCAGACACCUGGAUUAAUAGCUCUCUGCACGGCUCCUCCACCUCCUCCUCCGCCUCCUCCACUCUCUCCCAUGGGGAGUCUCGGCCCACCCAGGCUCCUCAGCCUCAGUCUCAGCAGGUCCCGCCUCCACCCGCACCUGCCCACCCGCCCCACUCCCACUCCCAGCCCUCCGCCCUGGCAGAGGCCUUCGCUCAGACACGCAUCGUGAGAAGAAUAGGAAGAGAUCCAGUAGGAGUCGGGCCCCCUGAUAUGCCAUCCCAUGCUCAGGCCAGAGGCUCUCGUGUGGAUCUGCCUUCCAACGCUGUGGUGCGAGGCAUGAGUCGAGGCCAGAGCCGGUCCAGCAUGAUGGAGACAGCAGACGUGAGAAGAGUUGGCAGAGGUGUUCCUGUGUCCAGUCGUGUGUCCACGAAGAUUCAGCAGCUGCUUAACACGCUAAAACGCCCCAAACGCCCACCACUCAGUGAGUUCUUCAUGGAUGACCAAGAGGAGAUCGUAGAAGUUCCUCAGGCAGAUCCUAACACCCCGAAGCCAGAAGGCCGGCAGAUAAUCCCGGUGAAGGGGGAGCCUUUGGGUGUGGUCAGUAACUGGCCUCCUGCUCUUCAGGCAGCAUUAGCUCGAUGGGGUGCCACACAAGGCAAAAGCCCGGCCCUCACAGCACUGGAUAUCACAGGAAAACCACUUUAUACACUUACGUAUGGGAAACUGUGGAGUCGUAGUGUAAAGCUGGCCUACACUCUCCUCAACAAGCUGGGAACCAAAAAUGAGCAGAUCAUCAAACCAGGAGACCGGGUGGCGUUGGUGUAUCCUAACAGUGAUCCUGGUAUGUUUUGGGUUGCGUUUUAUGGCUGUUUGUUGGCUGAAGUCAUUCCUGUGCCCAUAGAGGUUCCGUUAUCCCGAAAGGAUGCUGGGAGCAGCCAGGUUGGUUUUUUGUUAGGUAGCUGCGGGGUGGGUCUGGCUUUGACUAGUGAGAUCUGUUUGAAGGGUUUACCCAAGACCCCCACUGGAGAAAUAUUGCAGUUUAAAGGCUGGCCCAGGUUAAAGUGGGUGGUGACGGACUCCAAAUACCUCACAAAGCCUUCAAAAGACUGGCAGCCUCACAUACCAACAGCCAACACAGACACGGCAUAUAUAGAGUAUAAGGCCAGUAAAGAGGGCACAGUGAUGGGUGUUGCGGUUUCAAAAGUUGCCAUGUUAACACAUUGCCAGGCACUCACUCAGGCCUGUAACUACUGUGAGGGUGAAACACUGGUGAAUGUUUUGGACUUUAAGAAGGACAUGGGUUUGUGGCAUGGAGUUCUCACGAGUAUUAUGAACCGAAUCCACACCAUCAGUGUUCCAUAUGCAGUAAUGAAGGCCUGUCCACAGUCCUGGGUACAGCGAGUACACAUACACAAAGCACGGGUUGCCCUGGCUAAGUGUCGUGACCUGCAUUGGGCGAUGAUGGCUCACAGAGAACAGAGAGACACCAGUCUGGCCUCCUUGCGCAUGCUAAUUGUUGCUGACGGAGCCAAUCCUUGGUCAGUUUCAUCAUGUGAUGCAUUUUUAAACGUAUUCCAGGCUCAUGGUUUGAAGUCAGAGGUAAUUUGCCCAUGUGCUACAUCACCCGAGGCCAUGACUGUUGCCAUACGGAGGCCUGGGGUCGCUGGUGCUCCUCUUCCAGCAAGAGCCGUCCUGUCCAUGACUGGGCUGAGCCAUGGGGUCAUCAGGGUCAACACCGAAGACAAGAACUCUGCUCUCACCGUCCAGGAUGUGGGACACGUCAUGCCCGGAGCAUUGAUGUGCAUUGUGAAACCGGAUGGACCGCCCAUGCUCUGUAAGACGGACGAGAUUGGAGAGAUCGUCGUGAACUCUCGUGCUGGUGGAACCAUGUACUAUGGCCUGUCUGGAGUCACUAAAAACACCUUUGAGGUUAUCCCAGUCAACGCUAGUGGCACCCCAAUUGGUGAAAUCCCAUUUGUGCGGUCAGGAUUACUGGGGUUUGUUGGACCGGGUAGUCUGAUAUUUGUGGUGGGUAAGAAUGAGGGCUUGCUAAUGGUUAGUGGUCGUCGUCACAAUGCUGAUGAUCUGGUAGCGACUGCACUAGCUGUGGAACCAGUCAAAACUGUGUACAGAGGAAGGAUUGCUGUAUUCUCAGUGACUGUGUUCUAUGAUGAGAGGAUAGUAAUUGUAGCAGAGCAGAGGCCUGAUGCCAGUGAGGAAGACAGCUUCCAGUGGAUGAGUCGGGUUCUUCAGGCAAUUGACAGUAUUCAUCAGGUGGGAUUGUAUUGUCUUGCACUGGUUCCUGCAAACACCCUGCCCAAAACUCCCCUAGGGGGCAUUCACAUUUCAGACACCAAGCAACUCUUCCUGGAGGGGGCGCUGCACCCCUGCAACAUCCUCAUGUGCCCCCACACCUGCGUCACCAACAUGCCCAAGCCACGUCAGAAACAACCAGUUGGUGUCGGCCCUGCCUCCAUCAUGGUGGGUAAUUUGGUUGCUGGGAAAAGAAUUGCACAGGCUGCAGGCAGAGAUCUGGGACUUAUAGAGGACCAAGACCUGGUCAGGAAGCUGUGCAUGUGGCCUACAAUGAUGCAUCAUUUCCUUACAGAGGCUUUACAGUGGAGAGCACAAACCGAUCCUGACCAUACGCUUUAUGUACUUUUGAAUGCAAAGGGAGUGGCAGUAUGUACAGCUACAUGUGUUCAGCUUCAUAAAAGAGCAGAGAAGAUUGCCGCUGCUCUCAUGGAGAGAAGUGGUAUUAACAUCGGAGAGAAUGUGGUGCUUUUGUAUCCACCAGAUGACUUGCCUCGCAAACGACCACCCACAAUCUACAAACCGCCCAAUGCUGAGAUGAUUGCCUAUAUGGACUUCAGUGUCUCAACCACAGGCAUGCUGACAGGAGUGAAGAUUUGGGUAAAUAGUCCACACAAUGCAACAGAAUACUACACUAUAUACGGAGAGGAAAAUCUGCAGGCUGACCACUUUAACACUAAGCUGAGUUUUGGAGAUCCUCAAACGCUCUGGGCCAGAACUGGAUACCUGGGCUUUGUCAAGAGAACUGAACUCACAGACUCCAGUGGAGAUCGCCAUGAUGCCCUGUUUGUGGUGGGCUCUCUGGAUGAGACUUUAGAAUUGAGAGGUUUGCGAUAUCAUCCAAUUGACAUCGAGACCAGCGUAUCACGUGCCCAUCGCAGCAUUGGUGAAAGUGCCGUGUUCACCUGGACAAAUCUGCUGGUGGUGGUGGCUGAACUCUGCGGAUCAGAGCAGGAUGCUUUAGACCUGGUUCCGCUGGUAACCAAUGUGGUUUUAGAGGAGCACCAUCUGAUUGUGGGUGUAGUGGUUAUCGUUGACCCUGGGGUCAUCCCCAUAAACUCCAGAGGAGAAAAGCAGAGAAUGCACUUGAGAGACUCCUUCCUGGCAGAUCAGUUGGACCCCAUAUACGUAGCAUACAACAUGUGAGCUGGGUUAUGGGUGAGACAAAGGCUUACUAGAAAGGUGCUAUGGAGCCUGGCCUCACAACUGGGAUUGGGUUCAUAUACAGACAGACUUGGCCUUGUUUUUUCAGGGAUAAGGUGUCAUUGAACAAAAAAAUACAAAUGUGUGAGAUUACUGUUUUGGAGAAGGGAUACUAUAAUAGAAUUUCCCUUAUUUCUCUCUACCUUCUCUCCCAGAACCCCCUUUCUCAGCAAAAUGCCACUUACAGUAUGUCCAGUUCUUGGUCAUGAUUUAAAUUUACUUGAAUUACCUAGCUGAUUUUUCUACUCAAACGCAUUCCUUUCUAGCACUGACUAACUAGUGUUUUUUUUUUCUUAAAGCCUCAGUUUGUAAGUUUUUGCCUGUGUUGUUUUUGGAAUCAAUGGAAACGAUUUCAGGAGUCAAUACUCAGAAUAACUAAGUGAAAAAAGGGAGACAAAGUGAAAUCUUAAAAAUAAAAAGUGCAAUAUAAACUGUAAUUUAUACAAUUAUGAUAGAUAAAAUAAAUGAUAGGAGGUCUUGAUGGAUGGACUACAAAAGACGUGAGUCGCAUUGAUCAGUCAAGUAAGUAUGUAGGUUUAGCAAUAUAAAUUCUGUAUCUUAAAUUAGUGUUGUUGCAACUCUUUUGGGAUGUUUAGUAGUGUGGUAAUCAAGUUAAUGAACAGACUAGGACGCCAUGAAUGGAAGAUUAAUUCCUUUUAGGAUUUAGCAUUUAAUGAUUCUGAAUAUACACUCAGAAUUGAUUUGCAACCCAGCUUAUUAAUGGUGCUGUGUGUUACAGGGCUUUAAAAUGAAACAUUUUUAGGACAGCAUUGGUGUAAUAGGGUUAUCAAUACUCCCCUGGUCAUUUGUCAUUCAUCAGAUGCUUUUGUCCAAAGCAACUUACAGUAUACUUAUACACAGGAACGGUCCCUCCAGAGCAACCUGGGGUUAAGUGCCUUUCUCAAGGGCAGUAUUGAUUAUAGGACAUUUCUGUAAUGCUCCAGUUCAUAGAAUGCCCUUACCCAGGUCAAAACCCACAGUUUCAUCCAGCAUCAUUUUGGUUAAGACACAGAUGUGCUACAGAGACUGCAGCUGUCAGCUCAGUUUGCUCUGUCAGUUCUGGAAUCAUUUAGCAUUUUAAAUCUUACCACUGGGGCUUUAACAAAAUUUAUUUCAGAUAUGGAGGUUUUCCUGGUUACAAACUUGCAUCUUUUAAUUUGUUUUAGUUCUACAGUAUUUACAAAACACAAUCUACAGUUAUACUAGACAAAAGUGCAAUGUAAUACACAAAAGUAUUUCACUUUUUUUUUUCUCGUUUUAAUCUAUAAUCAUCAGGUUAUUUAAGACGGUCCACAACCAUUUUAAUUAUGAAUUACUUAGUUUUGCAAUUAGUGAGUUUGAUUAAUUGAAUGUUAGCCAUAUAUAUAUAUUACACUGAACAACUUCACUCCUUCAACCCCCACAAGUUCAGCAUGAGGAUAAUCAUUCCUAUUAUUUUUCAUUUAUGCAGAUACAUGUAACAUGGAUUAUUAAUAUCUGUCAACAAGGGCAUAUGUGUAGUAUUAUAUAAUUACUUGCAUUAUAUUGAGUAUCAUAUGUCUUACACAAAAAAAGUGCAGGCACAUUAAAAAACACAUUUUUGGGACUUUAUGCCCAGUCUAACCUCAAUGCCUACAUUUACAAAUCACACAUUCCUUGAGUUCACUUCUCAUCAUAUAGCAGUAAGAAACACUCAUAUAGACAAGAGCAUUUACCAACUGCAGACCUCAUCAUCACACAUCAAGCCCAAACCAAACACAAACUGAGGUACGUAUAGCUCUAUUUUUGCUCUCAUCUAAAGGUGCUUAUACACAUCAGGACAAGCCAUUUAAACCUCUGGCAAAAAAAAAUAAAAAUAAAAAUUCAGGCAUCUGUACAAUAAAACAAAACAACUGUAAAAUAACACGACUCUGUACAAGCAAGCCCCUCGUGAACACCUAACUGUACAAAGGCAUAGAUUUUACAUGUUCGGCAAAGGAUCUUUAAAGGACAGUUGCUGUCUCCUGUACUAUGGACAUUUUUACUAGGAAUGACUAACUUGUAAACCAUAAAUAAUUGUAAAUUAUUGCUUGUGUACAGAUGAGAA